AUGAGCCUCCGCAAAGGCGACAAGCCGCCCAUCAGCAUCCAGGAGCACAUGGCCAUCGACGUCUCGCCCGGUCCCAUCCGCCCCAUCAAGCAGAUCUCCGACUACUUCCCGCGCUUCCCCCGAGGCCUCCCCGCCGCCGCCUUGCUCAGCCGGAGCCAGAGCCAACAGCAGCCGCCGUCGCAGCAGCAGCAGCCGCCGCCGCCGCGCCGCCGCCUCUCGUCCACCUCGGCCUGCCCGACCAGCCCCAGCCCGUCCGGGACGCCCCCUCCCCGGGACGACGAUGAAGACCUGGACCAACUCUUCGGCGCUUACGGCACCGGCCAGGCUGGCCAAACGGCUCCGACCGAGCAACGGCCCCCGGCCCGCCCGGAGGAGGAGGAAGAGGAGGCGGCCGACGGCUACGAAUCCGACGACUGCACUGCGCUGGGGACGCUGGAUUUCAGCUUGCUGUACGAUCAGGAAAACAAUGCACUCCAUUGCACGAUCAACAAAGCCAAGGGCCUGAAGCCGAUGGACCAUAAUGUACUGGCUGAUCCAUACGUGAAAUUGCACUUACUCCCUGGAGCCAGCAAGGCGAACAAACUGAGGACCAAAACUUUGCGGAAUACAUUAAAUCCUACCUGGAAUGAAACCCUCACAUACUACGGGAUCACCGACGAAGACAUGAUCCGCAAAACACUCAGAAUCUCGGUUUGCGACGAAGACAAGUUCCGCCACAACGAGUUCAUUGGCGAAACGAGGAUUCCUCUGAAGAAAUUGAAGCCCAACCAAACUAAGAAAUUCAACAUUUGCCUGGAGAAGCAGCUGCCGGGGGUAACAGAGCUGGAUGUUUUUCUUUGCAGCUACUUGAAACCCGACGAGGACAAGAAAUCGAAGCAUAAGACGGCCGUGAAGAAGAAAACGCUCAACCCUGAAUUUAAUGAGGAAUUUUUGUACGAGAUAAAGCAUGGCGAUUUAGCCAAGAAGACCUUGGAAGUUACAGUCUGGGAUUAUGACAUUGGCAAAUCCAACGAUUUUAUUGGUGGCGUGGUUCUGGGCAUCAACGCCAAAGGGGAACGUCUGAAGCACUGGUUCGACUGCUUAAAAAACAAGGAUAAGAAAAUCGAACGGUGGCACACGCUUACCAACGAAUUACCGGGAGCUCUCCUCAGUGACUGA